UCGAGGGACAGAUCACUGAGUCCAUCCAGGGAUUUGUGAUGACUUGUAUUUAAGUAGAAACCACUCCAGAUGAAUGCUUUCGGGAGGACUUCGGCUUUGGGGUUACUGAUCUCCAUCACUAUUCUGGUGCCCGAUUCAAGUUGUUCAAUUAAGGGACAACAUCAGGAGCAAUGGUUUUAUCCAGUGCCGGAGCCAUGGGAUGAUGAGUACGAGGGGCCACGUUUCUCUCAGGGCCAGCCUCCCUGCAUAAUAUCCUUCAAAGUAGAAACCAAGGAGACCAAUGAAACCAACUGUGUGGACAGGAGAAUCACCUGGGCCUCCACACCUGACCAGAGUCCUGAUCUUCAGAUCAAUGCAGUGGCCCUCGAUCAUGAUGGGCAUUAUUCAUGUCAGAUAACAACAUCUGAUGGGAAUUUCUAUGCAAGAUGGUACCUCCAAGUGCUAGGGAAAAGCAGAACUGUAGUUUGUGAGGCGACUGCAGGCAAGCCAGCUGCACAGAUCUCCUGGACUCCAGAAGGGUACUGCAAAACUAUGAAUGAAUCACACAGCAAUGGCACCGUGACUGUCAGGAGCACAUGCCAGUGGGAUCAGAGCAAUGUGUCUGCUGUGUUCUGCGCUGUCACCCAUUCAAAUGGCAGCAAGAUUCUGUCCAUAGAACUGAAUCAAGGUGUCACCAGCCCUCUGCAUUCCUUGUUGACCAUUCUCUAUGUGAAACUUUCCCUUUUGGGAAUCAUUUUGCUCAUCAUAGGAUUUUCUUUCUUCCAGAAGAGAAAUUACUUCAGCAUACCUGUUCCUGAUGUCUCCAUGUUUGCUAGAAGUCCUGUGACAGCUGGCAGUCAUGCAGCGGAGCCGGGCGGAGAGCCGGGCUUAAGAUCAAUUUUCUACCAGGCCCAGGUCCUUGUGGGAGAGGAGCGUGUGGAGACCUGGGGCACUGUGAAAAAGACAGAACGGGAGGACGUGUGGGAGGCCUUGCUGAUCAAGAGGGCCAAGCCCUCUGGAGAACAGUGGUCUGUGGUUAAGAUGAGAUUUACCACCAUUUUGAAAGGUAUCUUGUCUACCAUACAGCAUCCCAAGGUUCCCAGGCAGCCACAGAACCUAUUAGGAAGAUCUGAGGUGAUUGUCAAGCCUUUCAAUGGACAUGAGCACUUCUAUAGACCUGAUUGA